AUGGCGGAAGAGACUGAGUGUGACACACCCGGCCUCGACACGCUUGGGUCGGAGUGUGUCAUAGCCCACAGCCAUGUCGACCUGCACUACGGAGCCGAGACUGAAAUCAUGACCGAGGAAAAGCGCGGUCUGGAAUUGGAGAUUCACGGCACCGAGCUCAAGAUCCAGGGACUGGGGACGGACCUUGGCGCCGUGGCGUGCGUGGACGCCAUUGUGGAGACGGAUCACGAUUACAUCAAGGUGGAGCACGACGACAUGCACUGCUUCGCCGGCGCCGAGAUCAAAACGACGGGCGAGGCGCUGCUUGGGGAAGUGCUCCUCAAGAACGAGCACGAGAUCAAAGUGGAGUCGGAUCACGGCGGCGAGCUGACGGUGGAGUCUGAGAACGGCGUCAUCAUCCACGAGGCGCACGGCCUGCAGUGCAACGAGUGCGGGGAGAUCUUUGGCAGCAUCUCCGACCUCCAUCAGCACUUUGAGAUCCACAAGGACCUCAACCCAUACAUUUGCGUGCACUGCGGCGAGAGUUUUGCGGUGGAGGCUAGUCUCAAGCAGCACAUGAAGAUUCACAUGAAAGAGAAGCCCUACGUCCCCCCGGGCGUGGAGAUCAUAGGCAAGGAUGUCAUCGACGCCUUCAGCCUCAAGUCUCAUCAGAUGAUUCACUUGCCCGACAAGCCGCACCGCUGCAACGAGUGCGGCAAGAGCUUCGCCGCCGCCAUCACUCUGCGGGAGCACAUGAAAAUGCAUUCGGAAGACAAGCCCUACAAGUGCAACCAGUGUAGGAAGAGCUUUGUCCGCAGGAGGCACCUGAAGAAGCACCAGGAGGUCCACGCCCGCGAGAAGCCGUACACGUGCGGCCAAUGCGGCAAAGGCUUCGCCACCACCUCCAACCUGAAGCAGCAUCAGAAGACCCACGCUGCCCACGCGGUGCACGCGGCCCACGCUGCCGUGGUGCUGGCUGACAAGCCCCACCGCUGCUCGCAGUGCGGCAAGUGCUUCGCCGCUGCCGCCACCUUGCGGGAACACCAGAGGGUCCAUUCGGGCGAGAAGCCGUACAAGUGCAACAUGUGCCGCAAGAGCUUCGUGCGCAAGCGCCACCUGAAGAAGCACCAGCAGGUCCACGCCGGCGGCAAGCCCUACACCUGUCGGCACUGCAACAAGGGCUUCAACCACUCGUCGUCCCUCUCGCGCCACCACAAGACCCACCUGCAGGGGCCCGUCUUCUCCCCGCCGCAGCCCGGCAAGCCCAUGACCUUCGGCACCCCUCCCAAGCAGAGGGUGCACCUGCAAGGGGAGAAGCCCUAUAUGUGCCACCAUUGCGACAAAGGCUUCAACCAUUCCUCCUCACUGUCGCGCCACCAGAGAGUCCACUCCGAGGGCAAAGGCUACACUUGCGGCCACUGCGGCAAGAUCUUCAACCACUCUUCCUCCCUGGCGCGCCACCAGAGGGUCCACCUGGAGAACAAGCAGCAACCGGCGCCGCAGUCGCCCCCACUGCCUCUGCCCACUCCCGAGCAGUACAGCGCCAUCCCUUCGCCCAAGGUUUUCCCCAACAACGCCUUCCCCAAACAACAUCUCCUCUCUGUCGAGAAGCCCUACCGCUGUACCCAGUGCGGGAAAGGCUUCAAUCAUUCGUCCUCCCUCUCCAGACACCACCGGAUCCAUUUAGAGUAG